AUGAAAAUGGCCUCCUUGUGCGUUACCGCCCAACCAAAAUGAAUAUGCAUAGCUUACUAAAGAAGCUGGUUUAUCUGGAAUUCUAAACGGUUGGUUACUCUUGUUCUGUCUGCUAAAUUGAAUUUAAUUAAUCAGAUAUAUAACUACAACAUGAAUCCUGUUGUGCAGCAACAGGUUUUAGAAGCCACAAAAAUAAUAGAAAGUCAAGUCGAUGCAGAGAUCGAAAGGAUCGACCACCUGGACCAAGACGACCUGGAGAGUAUACGUAGACGUCGAUUAGAAGGAAUGAAGAAACUCGAGGAACAGAGGAAAACCUGGCUAGCGAAUGGACACGGCAUUUACACUGAAGUGCCAGGAGAAAAAGAGUUCUUUACAGAGUGCAAAAAAAGUGCUAAAGCUUUAUGUCAUUUUUAUCGGGACAGCACAUUUAGGUGUAAAAUAAUUGAUAAACAUCUUUCCAUCCUAGCUCCGAAACAUAUAGAGACUAGGUUUCUGAAGAUCAAUGCUGAAAAAGCACCAUUCCUUGCGGAGAGACUCCGGAUCAAGACUCUGCCAACAAUUGCAAUAAUCAAAGAUGGAAAAACUACGGAUUAUAUUGUUGGAUUUCAAGACCUUGGAGGCAGAGAUGACUUCCCCACCGAGAUGCUGGAGUGGAGACUAGGCUGUGCUGACAUCAUCAACUACAGCGGAAACCUUCAGGACCCACCAUUAGGAGAGGACGGAAAAACCAACAACAUCUUAAAGCAAAAGAAAGCUAAUAAAACAAUCAGAGGAGGAAUUGACGAUGAUGAUAGUGAUCUAGAUGAAUAAUCUGUUCAGACUAUCAAACUGUUGUAUGCCCAUAUAUAGUCAUGAUGUGCUUAUAUAUAGUCAUGAUGUGCCCAUAUAUAGCCAUGAUGUGACUAU